CCCCUAUAUGUGCAACAAUGAGUGUGACUCAGCCACAGAAGAGCUGGCCCACCCACCUGAGCUGAUGUUUGACCAUGAGGGCCGCAACCCCACCACCUUCUGGCAGUCCACCUCCUGGAAGAAAUACCCUAAACCUCUGGCAGUCAACAUAACCCUGUCAUGGAACAAGACCAUUGAGCUUACCGAUGAUAUUGUCAUCACGUUUGAGUCGGGUCGGCCGGAGCAAAUGGUUCUGGAGAAAUCUCUGGACUAUGGACGUAGCUGGCAGCCCUACCAGUUCUAUGCUACCGACUGCCUUGACGCUUUCACUAUGGAGCCCAAAUCGGUGAGAGACAUUACCCAGCACACGUUGCUGGACAUCAUCUGCACCGAGGAAUAUUCCAGAGGUUAUGUGUGGAAGAACGACAAGAAUGUACGGUUUGAAAUCAAAGACCGUUUCGCACUGUUCGCCGGGCCCAAGCUGCACAAUAUGGCUUCGCUAUAUGGACAACUGGACACAACCAAGAACCUGAGAGACUUUUUCACCAUUACUGACCUGCGCAUACGUCUUCUCAGGCCUGCCACGGGCGCCACCAUGGUGGAUGAGUACAACCUUUCCAGAUACUUCUACGCCAUCUCUGGCAUUAAAGUACAUGGCAGGUGCAAGUGCAACCUUCAUGCCAACAGCUGCAUCUAUGACAAAGAGAGACUGACUUGCGAGUGUGAGCACAACACUACGGGGCCUGACUGUGGCCGCUGUAAGAGGAAUUAUCAGGCAAGAGCUUGGAGUGCAGGAUCCUAUCUCCCCAUCCCCAAGGGCACAGCAAAUAUCUGUGAGUACAGACAGACUCUCACACACACACACGUACACAAACUUUCCCAUUACACUUACUGGAAAGAACAAUAUGGGCUCUGUGUUUGUGGAUAACAAGGCUCACAUGUCCUUUUAUUCUGAUCAUAAACCAUCUCUCUUACUGCUGUCCUACGUUUCACAAUGCACUCAUGGUGUCUCCCCGGAAGCCAUUACCCUACUUCCAGUUUAAAACUAGGUCCCCAC